AUGAAGAUGAACCUGAAACUUCUUUUUUGCCCUGGAUUCCUUCUGCUGCUUAUUGUCAGUGAAAACCAGGCAAGGGCCAGGCCCAUUUCCAGCUUACAGAGUCUGUCCAAACUGUUAGAUGAUGACCUGGAGCAUCCCCUGGUCUCACAAGAGAGGGACCGUGAGCAAGACGACAUGAUCCCAACAGAUGCCUUUGAUCAGCAAGAUGCUGAAUUCCAGUGGACCCGAAACACCAGGGACCAGCCUGAGAGCAUGUCCAUGGGUGACAGUGCUGUCCAGAGGUUCUUCAGUGAGCUCCUAAGUUUACCCCGUAGAUACCGAGGCAGAAGCAAAAAGGGUCUCUCCAGGGGCUGUUUUGGUGUCAAGCUGGACAGAAUUGGGUCACUAAGUGGACUGGGAUGCUAA